CAAUCAUUAUCCACUGGAGCUCGUUCGGGACAGCUUUAGCGGUUCAAUACCAUCUCGAUUGAGAUACCUUCACUGUCCUUGCACAAACAGCAAUGACAAGUGCGCAUUCGAGCUGUUUGCCAUGGAACAGCCAUUCUCGACGUCAAAAGUGACUGUCGAGUACUUCGAUCCUCACGAUGUUUAUAAACUCCUCGCCCCUGGGCUGAUUCCUCGUUUACCGUUGCGAAAUUUGAACUGGCAAUCGCAUGCUGGACCUCUACGAUCGAUAGAUACACUUCACGUUGAGCUCCUUCAGGGGGAUGACCCUGGAUCAACUUCUUCUCCUCAUACCCUUCGACGAUCAGGAAGCACGGUCGAUGAUGGCUUUCAACAACAGAACUUUGGCGGCCAGGCGUCUUCAGCUGAUCAGAUAGACACCCAGUCUUUGCCUUCGAGGGCCAUUGGAAGUCAACGACGACAUCAAAUUCCUGGUCUGCGACGGACACCGUAUCUUAAGGUACUCCUAGUGAGAUGCGACGACAAUGAAACAUACAAAACCUCCGUUCGUGCCGAGAUUCGAGAAUGGAUCAAGACCCAAAUACCUUCAUCAGGCAACCCGAAGCGAAAUAGCAAACAAGAGAAGCACGAUGCGUUCGAUUACUUGAUUCUACACGUGGUGCUCCCCAAUACGGUAGCGUCGACGCAGCCGAGGACGAGCUCUCGCUCGCAGGAUACUUCAGAGAAGUCGACUCCACGAUGGCGCACCGGUUCAACACCGCUGCUCGAGAAGCUCCGUACAGACUUUUCUGGCCUUGGAAAGACGGCACCAGACCGAGUUGCACAGAUCAGAAUUGGAAUCAAUGAUCUUCCGUACGAUCAGCUACCGAGAGUGGUUCCCGCUGUGCCGACGGGAUAUUCAGAAGAUGAGCAUGAUGCCGAAAAUGCUUGGGCGGAGCUCAUUGCCAAGCUCAAGAGUCUUAUUCUCACCUCAUUCGAUUUGCGCGUGACACAGUAUGAAGAGGAUAUCAAAGAAAAAGACGGUCAACGAAGUUUACCAGGAUGGAACUUUUGCACUUUCUUUAUCCUCAAAGAAGGCUUGGCAAGAGGCUUUGAGAGUGUCGGUCUUGUUGAGGACGCCUUGGUGGGAUAUGACGAGCUUAGUGUUGGACUUGACUCUGUUGUCAAUGAGCAAGCUGAUGAAGGGUCACCAACGAGACACGGAGGUGCAAUGCUCAGCUAUACUGAAGAGCUCAAGGAGAUUGUCAAAACCGCUCUUGCCAAAGCACCUGGCGGAAACACAGAAGACGAAGAGGCUGUGGAUCUUCAAUCGAAUGAGACUAUCAAGGAGCAAUUUGAUGAAAUACCCAUCAGUGCUACCAAGAAGGCUUACAGAGACAAGAUCCUAGCCAACGAUGUCUCAGUUUUUGACUUCCGUUGCUAUAUCUUUGCGCGACAAAUGGCAUUGCUCUUGCGGCUUGGAAAUGCCUGGUCAUCACGAGAUGAUCUGCUCGACAAGCUAAAGGAGCAACAGGACUCUGUCUUGCACGGAGUUGCUCCUCUGGCACCUCCCCCCAAACAUACUGAGGAGACAGAAAAUUUGGCAAGUCUUGGUGAAAUAUGCCGAAGGACUUUACAGUUCAUCCCGGCAGUAUCGCAGAUUAUGCGACGAGACAUUUUAACUGCUGUGGCAUCUGAUAAGUCUGAUGAGGAUGAUUCUCCUAUCGAUCCCAAUCUGUCUGAAGUCAUUGACAAUGUGGUCGCCCAGGAGCAAAAGUCCUCCAUCCCUGAACCCAAGACUAUGAUGCACCCUGCCCGAACCACAUCUCUUCAUGUGUCAACAGGCCCAGCACCUGGGACUCGUCCCCCACUAAGCCCAGGUGUAUUCCCAGGCCCGGGUAUGCCAAAGACCAGCAAUGAUCAGGAAUCACAAUUUCUCAAAGCAGGUCUUGAAGAUCUGGCCGCUAGACGCGCCGAGCUUUAUAUGCUGUCACGGAGCAUUCUUGAUGGCUUGGGUAAGAAGCGUGGAUGGAGUGAUGGCUGGAAAGAGGCGCCCAUUAUCGCAGAAGCUGAGGCAGACUUUGAAGAAAUCAGUCUGGAUGAUCAGCCUGCUGGAAGUGGUACUUCAGAGGAAAUUCCACCAUUGGAUGCUGGCGUCAAUAGCAAUCUCCUCCAGACGGCUAUCGACAACCCAGAGAACUUUUACCGUCUGUAUGAGAUUCUUACAGAUAAGGCGCUUCGACACUAUACUGUUGCAAACCAUGAUCAUGCGGUGCAGGCAAGCAUGGCAGAUCUUGCUGUGCUCAAUUUUUAUCUCAAGGAGUACGGUACUGCUGCUUCCUACUUUUACCGAGCAACGCCAUUCUUCGGCGAGAGUGGUUGGACCUCACUCGAGUUGUCUAUGCUUGUCAUGUAUCUCCACUGUCUUCGCGAGAUGAAGUCAAAGGAUGAUUAUGUACGUGUUGCUCUCAAGCUAUUGACCAAGUCUUGUGCGGCUGAAAAGGAGAGGUUAGAGCAACGCUCAAAACGAGCUUCAAGGGUCGGUAAGCCUGAACCUGCGGAUGCAAUGUCUAUGAAGGGAGUCGUGGGUAACUUGUUUGACCUGGCUUCGUCGUUGUCUUCGCAGGUCAAGGUGCACCUAUCGAACUUCUUUACAAACAUUGAGCUUGCAGGUGCUCCCGAGUAUUUUGAUAAGGAGGAUAAAUGCUCCUUGACCAUCAAUCUGUGGUGUUUGUUGCCGGACGACAUUAAGUUGGACGGAAUAGACGUGCGAGCCACAGCUUCUGAGGCUGGACCAACUAAAGAGUUGCAUUUCUCGAGAAAGGGAGACAUCGUACUACAGCCUGGCCAAAACAGCAUUACAGUUGAAUGCACAUCUGUUAUCCCCGGAAAAUACAAGAUAGAUCAUCUUGGACUUUUCUCGAGCAAUCUCUUCCUUCACUUUGAACGCGACAUCAACCAACCACCUCCACAAACUACUGAUAUCUUCAAACAUCCCGAAGUCGUCAUUUUCCACCGAGAGGGUGCGCUUGAUGUGCAGCUUGUAGCAACAAGGCAUACUUCCCUAGACAAGAACAACACAUUAGACUUCACUCUCAACCCAGGCUGGAACUCAAUCAAGAGUUGCGAGAUCCGUAUCAAGCCCACUACUGGUGGCUUGCGGAUGUUAACCCUUGAAGCUCAAGUUAUUGACUCAGAUGUCGAGUUUGCAAAGAAGCCCGAGUCGGGUGGUAUUAUCUACUUCAACGAGAUUGCCGCUGAUUCAACCGUCAUUUUACGAUUCCCUUACUCGGUUGAGCAUGAUAUCGCUGAUGUGUCUGCUAAGGUCGACGUCGCGUACACACUCGAGUCGGGUCAAAAGUACACGUUUGCCAAGUCGAUAAUCAUUCCCAUCUCUCUGGCACUGGGUGUCAAUGUGCAAGAUGUCUUCAAGCACAAUGCACUUUACUCACGGUUCAAUGUGUCUACAGCGAGCCACAGUCCUCUACGGCUAUACAAGAGUGAACUAAUACCCUCGGAUUUGUUCGAAUCUGAGUUUGGCGUUCCUCCUGCUGAUACAACUAUGGUGUUUUCAAAACAACCGGCAACACUGCUUUACCGCAUCAAAAGGAAGACCAAUGUUAGGUCGAGUAAACGAGCAGCGAGGACUAUGUAUCUGAAGCUCUAUUACAACAUUCUCCAGACAGAGAUCGAGGAGGCGCUUGUUGAGUCUAUCUUUGACGCUCUUGACGAUCCUUCUUUGGCAUCGUUUUCGAAGCUCAUCACAUCGCUGGUUGUGAGAGAAGCCAAGGCCCUGCAACCCAUUGACCUCGAGCGAGCUGCACUUCUCGGUGCAGUACCUACCGCCUUUCUGGCUGACGUUCCUUGGGAUAAGUACUUUGCUGGCAUUGGACGAGUACCUGGAACGCAAGUGGAUGCAACAGAGAAGAUCUCAACUGCUAUCAGGGAAUGGCAAGCCUCCAAUCCUCAGAUCCAAAUCUCAGCAGCGCAGCCUGACAACCCCUGCACACUUCUCAUCCCGGUUGAGAUACCUUCACUGCCUAUCCUGCAUACAGCAGAUAUCGAGCUGCAAACUCCAGUAACGGAAUUGAUGGAGCAGAAACCUGGUGCUGUCCCAACUGUGGCUGUUAACCAGAUGCUUCCAGCCACACUGCAUCUUAGGUGGACGCAGAUCUGGGACACUGAGAUGCAGCACAAGAAGGAUAUGGAGUAUAGUUACGAAGUCGCUGCCGCAGGAGAUACAUGGCUUCUCGGUGGCCGCCGAAAGGGCCACUUUGUUAUCCCAGGUUCAAAGCGUGAGCCUCUAUCCUCAACAUCCGACACGGAAGCCGAGAUUCCACUCAUCAUGAUUCCCCUUCGAGAGGGUUGGCUGCCAUAUCCUGGUAUUGAGAUUCGGGAGGUCAAGGAUGGAGUAGAGAAUCAGGCUCAGACUUGUGAAGUGGACUUUAGGAACUUAGGAGAGUCGAUACGAGCUGUGGGUGAGAGGAAGGGUGUGACGGUUAGCUUAGAUGCGAGCGGACCUGGAGGAGGACCGUUGGUGUUGGAGAGUGAAGAGCCCAAGAGGGAAAGGGGGAGGGUAGUUGCGUAGAUAUAUGUGUAUAAUAAUGAGAGUCAUUUCGAAUUGGAAUCAUAUCAGCGUUGCCUUAAAACUUCCAUCCAGCUACGCCCAUCAAGUGAGGUCACAGUUACCAAAAGGAGAGU